AUGGCUCUUCUUUUCUGCAUCUUUCGAGAAUCACGCUCUGAGGAGCUUUCCGGUCAAACAUUUCCAAUACCUUCCGACCACGAGAGUCUCCCCCCGUUGCUGUAUCAGUGGCAGGAAGGCGUCGAAGAUCUCGAAAACUAUUUCCCAGUGGCUACCCAUCCAACACACAUUGGAGAUCGAUAUCAGAAUAAUCGCUACGAAGUUGUUCACAAGCUUGGUUUCGGGUCUUAUUCGACAGUCUGGCUGGCCAAGAACCAUGACAAAAGCUGUUUUGUCGCUCUCAAGAUAGUCGUUGCAACUUUCUUCGAGGAGAGUCGAGAAGCCAAAAUAUUGACCAGACUUGCAUCAGGAAAGCAGAACCAUCCAGGUCGACGGUCUGUCUUGACCUUACUUGAUGAGUUCACUAUCACCAGGCCAAAUGGCCGCCAUCAGUGCAUUGUAACAGAAGCUUUAGGCUGCAGUAUUGCGAAUUCCAAAAAUGAAACCAUGCCAUGGAAGUUUCCCGUCAACGCUGCAAGGGCAAUCGGUGUCCAAGUUCUUCUAGGACUGGAUUACAUCCAUUCUUGUGGUGUUGUACAUGGUGAUUUACAUUCAGGCAACAUUCUCUUUCGCCUUCCAAGGCACCUCCGCGGCACCAGCGAUGUUUAUCGUGAACUGGGAGAGCCUAUGAAGCUCCCUCCCUGUUCAGCGACUAGAUGGGAAGUCGACAGGCCCCGAAACGCACCGGUACUGCAUCCCGCCUGCGCGAACCUAUGUUUCGUGUCAAGAUGUCAAAGAAGACUGCGGCGCGAUCAUUGCCGAUUUUGGAGAGGCCUUUUUACCAACAGAGUCACCAACGCGACUACAUACUCCAGUCUUACUCCUCCCACCGGAGUUUCUGUUCGAUGA